AUGGUUGUCAAGAUUGGUAUUAAUGGUUUCGGACGUAUUGGUCGUUUAGUUCUCCGUGCUUCCACUGAAAACUCUGCUUGUCAAGUUGUCGCUGUCAACGAGCCAUUCAUGGAUGUUGACUACAUGAUCUAUAUGUUCCACUACGAUACCGUCCACGGUAGAUUCAAGGGUACCGUCGGUAAGGAUGCUGAGGGACACUUGGUUGUCAACGGAAAGAAGAUUCACGUCUUUGCCGAGAAAGACCCAUCAAACAUUCAAUGGGGUAGCGCAGGUGCUGAUUAUGUCGUUGAAUCAACCGGUAUCUUUUUAACCACCGAUAAGGCAAGUGCUCAUUUGAAGGGAGGUGCCAAGAAGGUUAUCAUCUCUGCUCCAUCUGCUGAUGCCCCAAUGUACGUCAUGGGUGUCAACGAAGAGACCUACAAGACUGAUGUCAACGUCCUCUCCAACGCCUCAUGUACCACCAACUGUUUGGCUCCAUUGGCCAAGGUUAUCAACGAGAACUUUGGUAUCACCGAAGGUUUGAUGACCACUGUCCACGCUAUCACCGCCACCCAAAAGACUGUUGACGGUCCAUCCGGUAAGGACUGGAGAGCCGGUCGUUCUGGUCUCGCCAACAUUAUCCCAGCCAGCACUGGUGCCGCCAAGGCCGUCGGUAAGGUCAUCCCAUCGUUGAACGGUAAGCUCACCGGUAUGUCGUUCCGUGUACCAAACGCCGACGUCUCUGUCGUCGAUUUGACCGUCAGAUUGGACAAGCCAGCCACCUACGAACAAAUUUGCGCUGUCGUCAAGGCUGCCUCUGAAUCAGCCAACUUGAAGAGAUACAUUGGUUACACCGAAGACGAAGUCGUCUCAUCAGAUUUCAUCGGUGACACCCGUUCAUGUAUUUUCGAUGCCAAGGCUGGUAUCUCUUUGAACAACAACUUUGUCAAAUUGGUUGCCUGGUACGAUAACGAAAUGGGUUACUCCAACCGUGUCGUCGAUUUGAUCUGCUACAUUGACUCUAAGAAGUAA